AAUUCACUCCAUGCGCAAUAGGCACCACGCGUUCCUCUCUCUAUAUCCAUUAUCCUUUUCCGUCUUUUUUCAUUUAAUUUUCUUCUUUGGUACUCUUUAUUCUCUCUAUUGUUUUUCAAGAAUGUUCAUGGCCCCCCAAUUGUCCCACACCCCUUUCCUCCCUCCCAAAAAACCAUUCCAAAUUUAGACACAAACAUCACAAACACCAUGUCCAAAUUUUCCCUUUUCUAACAUAAACAAUUUUCACACACAAGGACAUGAAAAUCACACUAACAAAACCAUUCAUCCUCAAAUUAUUCCUCAUCUCUCUUUUUCUCUCCCUCCCAUUCCUCUUCCUCCACCUCUUCUCUCCCCAACAACGCAACCAUUCACAAACCAUAACAACAACAACAACAAUAACAACCAAAGACCUAAAAAUCAGACCCGGUUACACAUCCUACGAUACCUACAUACAACGCCAACUCAACAAAACUCUCAACCCAAAACUCAGAAAAAUAUGGACAACACGCGACUGGAACCGGAAAAUACCGGUUUUCGCACGAUUCUUCGAAGAACUUCAAAAGAAGAAGCUUCUAGAAAAAACCUCAAAAGCUUUGUGCAUAGGUGCACGCGUUGGACAAGAAGUUGAAGCUCUACGAAGAGUCGGUGUAAUCGAUUCCAUUGGAAUGGACCUUGUUCCGUAUCCACCGUUGGUUGUGAAAGGUGAUUUUCAUAACCAACCGUUUGAUAACAACACGUUCGAUUUCGAAUUCUCUAACGUCUUUGAUCACGCGCUAUAUCCGCAACGGUUUGUUAGUGAGAUCGAACGCACAUUGAAGGUUAACGGCGUUUGUGUUUUACACGUGGCAUUAUCGCGACGCGCUGAUAAAUAUUCCGCUAAUGAUCUGUAUAGUGUUGAGCCUCUUGUUGAGCUUUUCCAGAAUUCUGAUUUGGUUCAUGUUCGUGGUGUUGAUGGUUUUGGAUUGGAUACCGAAGUUGCGUUUCGCAAGAAACAAACACACACUCCUCACCGCUUCUAAUUGUUUCUUUUCUCUCUCUCUCUCUCUCUCUCUCUCUAGUUAUAUGCUGUUUCUUAUUUUAUUUUUUUUUUUUUAUUUUUUUGAGAUUUUUUUUUUCUAGAGAUAUAUUGGAAUUGAUUUAGAUUUUCUUUUCUCUUUCAAAUGAAGCAUGUACAUUGUUUUGUUUGAAGAAGUAGAAGUUGGGUGCUCGAUGAUGAUUGUGCACUUUUGCCACUUAUGUUAUAACAUUUAUUUUUAUAAUUGAUUUUUAAUCCAGAUUUAUUCUUCAA